UUUUUUUAUUAAUUUAUAAAGCACAACAUUUCCUUGUCUACACGAUCAUAAAGCUCACAAAGAGAGAAUUGAGAAGAAACAAACUCGUCGGAGAAUUCAGUACUCGCCGAAGAGGAAGAAGAAGAAGAUGUCUUGGCAAUCAUACGUCGAUGAUCACCUUAUGUGUGAUGUCGAAGGCAACCAUCUCACCGCCGCCGCAAUUCUCGGCCAAGACGGCAGUGUCUGGGCUCAGAGCGCCAAAUUUCCUCAGUUGAAGCCUCAAGAAAUCGAUGGAAUCAAGAAGGACUUUGAGGAGCCCGGGUUUCUUGCCCCAACCGGACUAUUUCUCGGUGGCGAAAAAUACAUGGUUAUCCAAGGUGAACAAGGAGCUGUGAUCCGAGGGAAGAAGGGACCUGGAGGUGUCACUAUCAAGAAGACAAACCAAGCUUUGGUCUUUGGCUUCUACGAUGAACCAAUGACUGGAGGUCAAUGCAACUUGGUUGUCGAAAGGCUCGGGGAUUACCUUAUCGAGUCUGAACUCUAAAACCAAGGUUUCAUUUCAGGUUCUUCUUAACUAAAGAGUGUCAAUGCACUUUUUAUUGUGAUUGAUUGUAAUGCUUUCAAACACAAAUCAUUUGUUACUUUAGAACCAAUUGUGAUUGAUUGGUCUCCUUCGUUACCGAGUUUGAGUUUGUGUGUUCUUGUAAUGACAUUUGAUCAUCUUUUUUCUCCAUAUGUAUUGAGUUUUGAUUUUUGUUUCUUCAUAUUAUUACUUUUUCUUGAAAUGAUCUGCUGUUUAUGAUUUGGGGUUCAAAAUAUUUUUGGUUUGGCAAACAAGGAAGAGUUUGCCAAGUAUUAGUAGCAAGUGCUAUGAGUAUUUUCGGCUUGGCGAACAUCUUCGUGUACACGUGUGACAUAACAAACCUAUUUGAGAAUGGUGUAAGCUAGGUAGAUAUUACA